CUUGCUCCUUUGCGCCUGCAUUUACCGAUGAUUUGUUGUAGCUCUGUUCGUGUUGGUUGAGGCCGUCGGGGUCGUCCUCCUAAAUCCGGGCAGCCGUUAUCAACCGUGUGCGCAAUGGCGGCCGUUCUGUUCUAACUGAAGAUCGUUCAACGUUAAUGGGGGAGACUGCCGUCGGUGAUGAAUUGUCUGGGGCUCAUUCAUCGCGACAGGGCCGUCGUGAUGCUCGCCGUCCGCCGCGUUCUACGUGCGUUGGCACCAACGGCUGCAAGUACCCUGCGACCCCAAGGUGUCGUGCUAGCGACCGGGUUCGGAGCGCUCGGAUCAAAGGUCGCCGAGCACUGGUACAAGGUCUACAAGAUCGACAAGCAGGGGGCCAACCUCACUCUCAUGUAGGAAGCAGAAAGGGGUGCCCAGUUUGUGCUCGCUACCGAAGGAGCUCCAUGUUGAAGAAGAUUGAAGACACUUGUAGAGCUACAGGGUUAACACCAGGGCAGCUUGUAGAGCUUGUAGAGCUUGUAUAUGUAUAGAGCUUGUAAAUGUAUCACGUGUAGAGCUUGUAGAGCUUGUAUAUGUUAGAGCUUAUUAUGUGUAGAGCUUGUAAAGUAUAUGUUAUUUGUACAAUAGGAGCUCUGUACUGAAUCUGGCUGAUAAU